GAUUCCACUGCAUACUGUAGGUGGCGGUAUGUGUUUCGUACUUGAAACCAGAAGAAGAGCCAGACAACAAAGCGACAAUAGCAGCAACAAAUGCCUACUUUUUCCUCUAAGACUGCUUUAGAUAGUAGGACUAAACAGAUCAACAGGGACGUUUUCACCACCAAAUGAUAACUGAAAGUGGUUCACAGCUGUCGUUGAACAAAACGUAUAAAGUAACUUUAGCUACCUAUGUGACGUUAGCUAGCUAACUGCGUUUAUAUGUCCAGCUAGAAAAAGCUAACUAGCUAACGUCAGUAAGCUGGCUAACUUAGCUAAAUGAGUUAUUAUUAUUAAUAUCGACAAGCGUCUUUAGGCUUUUUAAUGCGUAAUGUCAUGAUUCCUGUGAUUGUCUCCAUCCAUCUUGUCGCUGGGCAUCCUCCUCUUUUGCUUCCAGUUUUUUUCCAAGCAUAGCUAGCUAAUAGCUUUUCCAGUAAAUUGGUUCUUAUGCUUCCCAUGUACAAAAUAAUAUAGCCAGCAGGCUUCCGUUUGGUUAUAUGUACUUCAAGUGAGAAUUGAAGCUUGAUUUGUUGAAGGAUCCGUUUGUUUGUUUGUUUUUAAUGUACUUAUAAAAAUCUUCGCCAACAAAGUUAAUAAUUUGCCAUCUUAACAUACGAGAUCAUUGGUCUUAUUCGUAUCGCUAAAGAUUCUCCUGUCUGGCCUGGCCAUUUAACAAGGAAACGUGUAAAUAAUACCAUUUAUCGUUUUGUUUGCUUCGUGCAAGCAGUGAAAGCAUGGCUCAGCAGCGAGGCGUCAACAGUCUGCAAUUCAACCAGGACCAGGGUUGUUUCUGUUGUGCCAUGGAGACAGGUGUUCGAAUUUACAAUGUGGAGCCCCUUAUGGAAAAAGGACACUUAGACCAUGAACAGGUUGGCAGCAUUGCUCACUGCUCGAUGCUUCAUCGUUCCAACCUCUUGGCCUUUGUGGGUGGAGGUGUCAAUCCAAAGUUCUCUGAGAUAUCUGUUUUAAUCUGGGAUGACGCUAGAGAGGUGCGAGACACUAAGGAUAAAUUAGUGUUAGAGUUCACAUUCACCAAACCAGUUCUGGCUGUACGCAUGAGACAUGACAAAAUCAUCAUGGUUUUAAAGAACAGGAUUUACGUGUACAGUUUUCCAGACAACCCUGUGAAGUUGUUUGAAUUUGAUACUCGAGAUAAUACGAAAGGUGUGUGUGACAUAUCUCCCAGUAUGGAAAAGCAACUGCUGGUUUUCCCUGGACACAAAUGUGGCAGCUUACAGUUGGUGGACCUUUCAAACACAAAACCUGGUACAUCAUCUGCACCCUUCACCAUCAACGCUCACCAAAGUGAAAUAGCAUGUUUGGCUCUGAACCAGCCUGGUAGUGUGGUAGCAUCUGCCUCCCAGAAGGGUACCUUGAUCCGCCUGUUUGACACCACUACCCGUGACAAGCUUGUGGAGCUUCGAAGAGGAACUGAUCCUGCUACUUUAUACUGCAUCAACUUCAGCCAUGACUCUUCCUUCCUGUGUGCUUCUAGUGACAAAGGCACUGUUCACAUUUUUGCACUCAAAGACACCAAACUGAAUCGACGAUCUGCCUUGGCUCGGGUAGGAAAAGUGGGACCAGUAAUUGGGCAGUACGUGGACAGUCAGUGGUCUCUAGCCAGUUUUACUGUGCCAGCUGAAUGUGCUUGCAUAUGUGCCUUUGGGAAGAACACCUCCAAAAAUGUCAACUCUGUCAUUGCUAUAUGUGUUGAUGGCACAUUCCAUAAAUACGUCUUCACUCCUGACGGAAACUGUAAUCGGGAAGCUUUUGAUGUGUAUCUUGACAUCUGUGAUGAUGAUGAUUUCUAAGAUUAGUGUCGACAAGAGAUGAAGUUUAGUGCUGUAUACUCAUAGAUUGUGUUUUGAAUGUUGAUGUAUAAUCAAAUCUAUAUAAAGCAGUUUGUACAAAGUAAAUAAAAUGCCUCAUAAACCA